AGUGUGGUUCGCAGACCAACUUGAUCAUCUUGACUUAUCUAAUCUCGACGAGUACUCAAACAGAACGCAGAAGAAAUGGCUACGGAAGGUCAUCAAGCAUCUCGAGCACGCCUCGAUGCAGCCGAAACCGAAGUCGAUAUUGCAAAAGCCGUAGCUGCUGAAGAGAUCGAUACCACGGCUGCAGAGUCUCGCCAGCGGAUCGAGGACGCUGCUGCUAUUCGACGUGCUCAAGUGGAAGCUAUCCAAGAAGAAAGUCGAGUCAAAGCUGAGAUUAUGCGAGAUGAGAGAGAAGAUCGUCGUAUUCUGGAGCAGUCGAAAUUUGCAGAAGAACUUAAGCAGAUUAAAGAAAGUAGAUCGGAAAGCAGGAGACAAAUGAGGAAGAAAGGGGAUCUUGAGAAGGAGUUGAUGGAGAAGGAUAGCAAGAGAAAAAUUGAUAGGAUGGAUGAGGAGAGUCGAGCUAAAACCAGUGCAAUGUGGGAUGACUUCAACCUCAGGGAAAGGAGGGGAAAGAGAGCUAGAGAGGAUUAGCACUUAUUGGUGGCGACUGGGUUUGCAGAUAGAUUGGAAUGACUGGGAGUGUCUGAGUAGUUCCCUUCAGCUGCUUUGACGUAUCCAUCGAGCGGUCUGCACUGCGAAUAUGGUCUUUGCGCU